AUUACAUAUGGUGCUGCUGCGGCGGUCCCACCUGGAAAACAGGACUGAGGUGAGAAGAGCGGCUUCGCGCGUGCGAGCAGCGCCCCACCUUAAGCGCUGCCGUGCCUGUCCUGUACUCGAUCGGCUAAACCUAUCUGCGUCUAACGGCCUAAAUAAAGCCAUGAGUUUCUGCAAGGGCGAGGCGUCUGCUUUUCAAAAGGGCGGAGUCACCUCCCGCGGUCGCCCCGCCCGGCGCCCUGCGGCCCCGCCCGUUCUGCUCGCUCUGCCCGCGGGGCGGGGCGCGGCGCUGCCCCUCGUGCGGGCGGCGGUGCGUGCGGCGGGGGGCACCAUGGGCAGCAAGAUGGCGGCGGCCGCUCGGGUCGUGCAGGUAGUGAAGCCACAUACUCCGCUGAUUAAGUUCCCGGACAGAAAAAGCGGUCCCAGGCCUAAAAUACAGGAAUCUCUACAAGCAAGUGUUCCAUCACCUCAUGCUUCAAAUGCACAGGAGUCCAUAGGAGGGAGACCACUGGCCUUUCAAAAUAUUUCACCUGUUAGUAGGGCACAAGGUGCACCAGACACUUCUGAAUUAGCAAGAAUCUUACCUCAAAAGUACAGAAGGAAACUUAUGUCAGUUGAAGAGAUUGAAUAUAUUCAACGUGGAGGUCCAGAAUAACUACAGAAGAUAAUUUGCUCACCACUGUUGAAGAAAGAAGUAUGGUGUUCAUCAUAUAAGCUUAAUAGUAUACUGAUAGUUUUAAUAAAAACCCUACACAAAGGUGUAAAGGUUGACACAAUGCUA